CUUAGAUGUAAUGCCUAACAAAUCAGGCAACAGAAGCACCCUGGCUGCUACGGUGCUAACAUCACCUAGGACCCACACCCAAGUCGCGCUUGGCAUGUGCAACUUCUCGUGAAGCCGUUUCUAACCAGUUUCUCUGCCACCAAUCCCGAACCAGAAGCACAGCCAGCAACCGCAACAACUGCUUAUUCAACCGCCAUACCCAUCUCACAACUCAUCACCAUUGCGGCUGGGGUGACACAAUUAGAUAGCUUACAAUGGCGGAUUACGACCGCAGAUCAGGCGGCGGCAGCAGCUACAACCCGAAAAAGCGUCGCUAUAGAGAUGAUGACGACUACGACCGCCGUGCGCCCCGCAGGCGCUUCGACGCGCCGCCGCAUGUGCGCGUGCGCAAGCAGCUCAUUGCCAUUGCCGAGAACCCCAUGCGUGCCUGGCACGAGGAAGUCCAGACCAUCGCCAACCUGUUCACAGACAACUGGGACGACGAGCUGCUUCGGUCUAAUUUCGUCGACCUCGUCCUGCAGCUGGCAGUGGAGCAGCCUCUCAAGACCCCCUUCUUAGCGGCUGUGGUGCUUGUUGCGAAUGGGAACAAGCCCGAGGUCGUGGAUAUGCUGUUGGAGAAGGUGGCUAGGCUAGUGGAAGAUAAUAUUAAGGCGGGCGAGUGGCGGGACGUGAAGCUCCAUCUGAAGCUGUUGGCCUGCCUGCAGGGGUGUCUCGAAGGGGAAGGCGUGUUUCCCGUGCUGGAGGGGCUUUUUGAGAGGGCGGUAGACUUGCAAACUGCUAGCUCCGAUGAUACGAUCGGGACGGAGAUUGUCAAGAUCAUCCUCUUAACUCUUCCAUACGUCAUGGUCGCUACUCCAGGGCAAUGGGUGCAAAAAGCGGCAGAUUUGAUGGAGAAGACGGAGAUUAUCGCUUCGGAACCGCACACCCUGCAGGCACUCAUCGAGCCGUAUCACCCGGAAAACGGCGACGAGAACCCGCCGCAGUCGCAGAGUCUGAUUGGCCUCCUGCAGACUCAGCUCCAAAACGAGGCGAACAAUGGGUGGGCAUUAGCCUGCCUGCCGAGGCCGUGGGAGUUCCCCCUCAACGAGGUCGAGAAGCGGUCGAAGCUUGACGAUGCCGCUAAGCAUGCUCUACCUACCAUUGCAAUCCCUCAGACCGUCAUCGCCGGACCACGGCCGCUGUUCCCAGAAGUUUAUUUCUCCGUCUAUGCGAAUCAGGAAGUCGAGUCGGUCCCUCCUCUCACUAGCGCUUCCGCGUCUCUGAUCCGGGAUGCUUUGUUGGACACGAUCAACGUACUUCACUUCAACCGGAACGUCACAGCACGCCACCUGAUUGAUAUAGACUGCUAUUUUGCCCCACGAACGUUUGCAGCAAGAGCUACGCCCUUCGACAAACUGCGUGGCAUCGAGCCACCGAAGUCAACUUGGAAGCCGGAAGACGUUGCGGUUGAUGCCGUCUUCUCCCAAAUAUUCCAGCUGCCGAACCCCGAGCACAAGCUUGUUUAUUAUCACUCAGUUCUUACUGAGGCAUGCAAGCUCGCGCCAGCAGCGAUAGCACCAAGCCUAGGGCGCGCCAUUCGGUACCUCUACCGGAAUUCUCCCCGGCUCGACUUAGAGCUCGCGUACCGCUUCAUGGAUUGGUUCUCGCACCAUCUAAGCAACUUUGGCUUCACCUGGAAGUGGACCGAGUGGGUGGAUGAUGUGUAUCUGCCGGACGUGCACCCUCGCAAGGCCUUCAUCGCCGGGGCGCUCGACAGGGAGAUCAGACUCAGCUUUGCGCAGCGCAUCAAAGGCACUCUGCCGGAUCCGUACAAAGAGAUGAUCGGCCCAGAGAAGGAGCAGGAUGUGCCCAAGUUCAAGUUUGCCAAUGACGACACCCCCUUCGCAGCCGAAGGGCGCGAGAUUGCCAGCCUACUUAGGAACAAAGCGCCCGACGAGGAGAUCGAGGCCGUGAUUCAGCGCAUCCAGUCCAUGGCCAUCGACCGCGACAUUGACGCCCUCGUGGCAAGCACCGACGUUUUCGUGACUUGCGUCCUGCACGUCGGUAGCAAAUCCCUCUCGCACGUGCUAGCCGCCAUCGAGCGCACCAAGGAUCGCCUCACCAGCCUUGGUGCCGCCUCGGACGCCGCCCGCACCCAGAUCAUCGCGGCUACUAUGAGUUUCUGGUCCGCCCACCCGGGCGUCGCCCUCCGCAUCAUCGAGAAGCUUCUCAACUACAGCAUCCUGAUGCCCGAAACCGUCAUCAACUGGGCCUUGCUGGCCCGUGCGGGAAGCACCCGCGGCGAGGCGCUCUCCAUGUCGUACAUCUAUGAGCUUGUCUUCAACACAGUUGUCAAGGUGACAAACCGUGUGCGGCAGCUUGUAACAAAGUCCUCAUCUUCCUCGCCCUCAGAUGCCGACGAGUCCGAAGUGCCGAUCAAGCAGAUGCGGACGCUAUUCACUGCCAUUGAGGACGCGCUCGCGUCGUGGGCGACGGGCAGCAAAGAUGAGAUGGUCGAGACGGGCGAUGGUGAGAGUAGCAACGAAAAGUUCGUGCGGCGCUGGGGUGAGCGGUGGCUGCGGGUGUUCAGGAGACGGGCGGCGAUCGAGGAGGCCUUCUUGGUAGAGGCCGAGAAGGAGCGGGCGAGAACGGCGGAGGAAGAUGCGCAGAACGGCCAUGGCGGGGAGGCGUCGGGCGAGAAGAUGAAUACCGACGCUGAGGAGGCCGCGUAGAAUGCGGGAGUCAUUAUCUGAAAGUGGAUUCGGAUGGCUCGUUGCUCUUCUUAACUCUGUAAUUUACCAGGACUCCUCCAGAAGGGAGGCAAGGACGAACACGGGGAGGCAUUCUGAACUAUUAGUAUUAUAGUCUCGCCACAAGAACAGAUCACCAGGCAGGGCAAAGUACAGAGU